UACAUACACACGCUGCGAGAUGGAGCCGGGUAUUUGCUACAUUAAGCCAGAAUAUUUGUUAGCCGAAGCUAAUAAUGGUCCCAACAGCGAAGUGAACGUGUCGGUCGAUGGAGAAUCAAACAAGAGAAAACACGCGGAGGAUGCCGGCACUCCCAACGAAUCUGGCAACAAGCGUGGCAAUAAAAAGGAGCGCAAACGUGGCCAAAAUAAGAACCGGCCUGUGUUUAAAGAUGAGCGCUACUCCCAUCUUUGCCACUCGCUGAUAGAUGGCGCCGGCGGCCCGCCAUGUGCCGUGCUCAAUUGCCGUUAUGUGCACGAUGUGGAAGCCUUUGUUGCCGCCAAAGGCGUCGACUUGGGCGAUGUUUGCUAUGUGUAUGCCACAAAGGGCUAUUGUGGGCGGGGUGUCACCUGUCGCUUUGCCAAGGCGCACACAGACGCACAGGGCAGGAAUAUGAAAGCGGAACACUAUGAUGAGCAGGCGGCGCAGACCACGUGCAAUGGCAUCAGCUCAGAACUGCAGGUGCGUCUGCGCAAGCACGACUACGAUUUUAGUCGCACCAAGGAGCUGAUAAAGCAGGCGGAAAAACUGCGGGAUGAAAGAAAGCAGCAGGAACAGCAGAAAAAGGAAGAAGGACCAGCAGAGAAGUUAGCAGAAACACCAGAGGAGAGCACGCCCAUUGGCAGUGCCAUAGAUGAUAACCCAAAUGGACGCGAUGCUCAGCGCAAGCCUGUCAUUGACUUCCGUGAGAAGCUGGUGUUAUCCCCGCUGACCACAGUCGGCAAUUUGCCAUUUCGACGCAUCUGCAAGGAGUUUGGCGCGGACAUCACCUGUGGCGAAAUGGCCUGCGCUGUGCCGCUGCUCAAGGGUCUGGGCCAGGAGUGGGCGCUGACCAAACGCCACGAGAGCGAAGACAUCUUCGGCGUGCAAGUGUGCGGCAACAAUCCCAAUGUGAUCACACAGGCGGCACAGGUGCUGCACGAAACGGCGCGCGUGGACUAUAUUGAUCUGAACAUUGGCUGUCCCAUUGACCUCAUCUAUCAGCAGGGCGGCGGCAGUGCGCUAAUGCGACGCACCAACAUCCUGGAGCUGACCGUGCGCAGUUGUGCGGCCUUGUCCGACCGGCUGCCCUUUACGGUCAAAAUGCGCACGGGCAUUUAUGCCGACAAGAGUGUGGCACACGAGCUGCUGCCGCUGGUGGAGCAGUGGGGCGCUGCGGCGGUAACGUUGCAUGGAAGAUCGCGCGAGCAGCGCUACACGCGGCAGGCCAACUGGACGUACAUUGAGCAGUGCGCAGCGCAGGCCAGGCACAUGCCAGUCAUUGGCAACGGCGACAUAGUCAGCUACGAGGAUUAUGUGGAGCGACGUGCUCUGGCGCCGCACGUCAGCUCUGUGAUGAUUGGACGCGGUGCACUGAUCAAGCCCUGGAUAUUCCAGGAGAUCAAGCAGCAAAAGCCCUGGGCGCCCACAUCCACGCAGCGCUUUGAACUGCUGCGUCGCUAUUGCAACUAUGGCCUGGAGCACUGGGGCUCCGAUACCAAGGGCGUGGAGAACACGCGCCGCUUUCUGCUGGAGUGGCAGUCGUUCCUCUAUCGCUACAUACCCGAGGAACUGCAGCUGUCGCCGCCGCAGAAGAUCAACGAAAGGCCACAAAAGUAUCGCGGACGCGAUGAAAUGGAAACCCUUAUGAGCUCUGGCAAUUCCGCCGACUGGGUGAAGCUCAGCGAAAUGCUGCUCGGCCCCGUGCCAGAGGGAUUUAGCUUUGUGCCCAAGCACAAGGCGAAUGCUUUUUAGCGAAAAGAUGAGGCCCUAAGAAAUUAAGUUUAAUUGUUGAAGAAUCCAAGUUUGGUAUAGCUUGGAUUUAGGCAUAAAGUACUACAAAGGUUUAGCUGAUAAGUUGUUAACUAAUAGUUUUUUCU